AUGAGGCUCCCAGGGGAACUCCUACUUGUGAUUUCCCCACUAAUGCUCUGCCUCGGUUUGGUGAACUCUUCCGGAUCUGGGACUGGAACGUUUACCGGGCCGGAGUUCCUAGGGGGUUCAAUGAGCUUUGAAGCUUUUGAUGAUCAAUCAAAUAACAUUCUCAUAAACGCAAAGAUACUGACGGGCUGGCGUCUUGGUAAAGGACAGUGUGGUGUGCACUGUGAUCACACCAAUAUAGGAUCCGACAUUACUGCACAGCGUAACAAUAUCAUGGCGUCAACAAACCAAACUUACUUCGGGAACUGGUCAGUAGAGGAAAAGUACGGCACACAACUUCCUCAUCCAAGAGAUGUGACAACGGAGGCAAAUAGCAAUCUAACUGUCCAAGUGAUGGCUAUCAAUGAUCUUCUCGGAUGGGAGCUGGACAAAACAGAGGUGACCAUAAAGGUUAAGGAAGCAGCAGAGUACACGGAUUUCAUAUAUGAAGGCUACAGUUGGACUCCUUUGUCUAAACAACCAUCCAUAAAACAAUGGCACAUGCAGCUGAAAGUAAAUGCAAAGCGGCGAAGUGACACCAACAGACGUAACCGGAGUCCGAUUGUGCAAAUCACCCCAUUCAUGACUCUGGGAAUAGACAAAACCUACACAUUGAGCAUUCCAGCUAUUGACCAGGAUGGGGAUUACUUCGAAUGCCGAAAAAUGGCCUUCAUCGAAUUCAUCGAUCUUCAAACAAGUUACCAUUUGAAAAAUAUAGUGAUACAAAAGGAUUGCUUCAUACAUAUCAACACGUCCAGUCCUGAAUACAAGGUUGGUGAUUCAGCAGUCAUAGCUGUUACCCUACAGGAUUUUAAUAGAGAGAAUAUCAAGCUCACUGGAGAUCCUCAUCCUUUACGUCAGCGUUACACCAUAGGGCGAUCUCUUAGUGCCGUCCCUGUACAGUUCUAUAUAGAAAUAACUCUGAAAGACGAGGCACCAGUCAUUAUACCCCCGACCCCAUCGGAACAGCAGAUGUUUACAGUCUUUGUUGGAUCAGAUUUGAGUAUAAAGGUGGUAGCAAAACCAACGAAUCCGACAAGGACAAUAUCGACUUUUUUCUUCACGCGACGGGACGGUGUCGUCCCGUUGACGUCAGCAGUGACAGACGAAUCAGCUACAGAUCCUCUCGCUAAAGGUCAGACAGUUUUGUGGACACCUGUACCCUCCGACAUGGGAGAUCACAUCUUGUGUGUGAGGGUCGAGGACAGCGCUGGAGGGAUAACAGGAAUAGACCUAAUUAGUUCAGACGCCGCGGGGAGUCAUGCUAGUCAAAUUAAAGAUGCACACGCCAUACACGCAGCUGCGAAAAUGAUUGAUAUUGCUUUCCAAGAUUCUUCAGUUGGGAGUAAGAAAAUUUGCUUGAGAGCAUCAGAUGCUACUGCACCUUUGGUGACAACCAUCCUGCAGCCCAGCAGAGUAACAGUUACCCCUUCAUCUGCGGUCGAUCCAAAGAUCCCUGGUAUUCGAAACGUAUACCGCUAUGACAUAAAGAUCAAAGCUCAAACUAAGGCAGACCCAACACUGCAUAUUUGUUUGCAAGUAGCCAAAUCAACCGAUAGUACACAUCCAACUGACACGAAGUGCUUCAACAUCGAGUACGAAUUCAAACACCAUUCUAACGAUUUCUACGACUACAUUGAUCAAGUCAUGGUGUUCGUUAUUUUUGUUGUAGAUCACUGCGCCUCCAGUCCCUGUAAGAACGGAGGAGUUUGUGGGUCCAACCAAGGAACAUUCGUGUGUGUAUGUACUGCUGGAUACACUGGUUUGUCCUGCGAAAAAGGUCCUUGUCCGACCACAAGUCCGCCUCAUUGUGAUAAUGGUGGAUACUGUUAUAUCAUUGGGGCUAAGACGAAUUGUUUCUGCAAACUUGGGUUUUCGGGACCAACAUGCACACAAAAAUCCAUGGAUACGGUCGCAAGUCCGCAGAUUAAUGGGAGUAAAUUCAAGGACGGGGCAUUGCCAAACACUGUGACAUGCUACGUCGGCCAGCCAUGUAAAAUACCGACAACACUCAUAGGCGAUCCUGGGAGCAGCCCUGUGGUAAGUCCUGGCUACGUCAGCGGUGAUAUUGAUGUACAAGGGACGACGGUUACCAAGGACCCUUCCUCACCAACCGACUACCACGCCAGUGUAGAGUUGGUUAGUAAGACCAGUGGUCAACAUCAAAUAUGUAUCCAAAGUCACAAUCAAGCUGGACAAAGUGCCGAUGAAGUAUGUGUUAUGGUCAAUGCAGUGAGUGGACAUCUACACCUGCCAAGCAAGUCUCAUGCUUAUUAUGUUGAUCCUACUUUACCGAACAACUCCUCAGUCGAAUGUGAGACAGGAAAACCCUGUCAUCUCAGUCUAUGGGUACUUAACUACGACGGCGAUGACACAUGUCCAUCAGUCAGAUCUUCAGAAAAAGUCUAUACAGGUGUAUUCAUCCAUCAAGCUACAGGCACAUCAUUGUCAGGUCCGUGUAAAGUUGACGUUGUUUUCUUAAACGAUGCUCCCAAAACUUACACAGACAUAUGUUUCACAGCUACAUCAGCCAAACAUGACGUGUUCGGAGGUGACGGAGAGGUUAGAUGCUAUGACGUUAACGUCGUUAACGCGUUGUCAGUUCUUGGUUCAUGUUCCUCUACGUUGUGCCAGAACGGAGGAUUUUGUGACGGUCACCGAGCGACAUCAAAAUGUGCAUGUCUUAGUGGGUUUUCUGGACCUCUUUGUAGCCAAGCUCAUGGUGAAUCUCUCACUAAUCCAGCAAGUAUUUCGGGGGUUACUCAGAGCACUUUUGGAGACCUUGCCGUUCCAAAGAAAAUAAAGUGCACCUUGAAUCAAAAGUGUCAAGUACCUUUCACCUUUACGACACCGGGAGGAAGCACUAGCACACUACCGGCGUUACAACUUGGACAAGUGGAUAGCGGUUUGAACAUUACUUCUCCGUCUGUGUCUAGAGAUCCUAACUCCCCGGCAGGGACGUACCAAGGCAAAAUAAACGUCGUAGGCAAUACUCCGGGAAACAAGAAAGUUUGUGUUCAUACUCCAACUAGUUCUCACGAUAUCGUGGGCGAUGAAAUUUGCUUUGAUGUUGACGUCAGCGCCCCAACAGCAGGUUCAACUACUCCUAAUACAGCUCAGCCACAUUUCAUCGAGCCCACAGUCCAGCCCAAUUCUACUGUUCAGUGUGAACCAGGGAAGACAUGUCACGUGACCAUGCAAAUGUCCCCCGGAAUCAACCAUGGGUGUCCAUCCGUGGACCAAACCCAGGGCCCAACCGAUGACCUGCAUUUGUUCCAUUCUGACUCCAGCAGCGUAGUUGGCUCCUGUGCUGUAGAUAUAGCACUCACGCCACCGACCAGUAAACAAGGCACAGACACGCUCUGCUUUGAAACAUCUCUACCAUAUAUUCCAGGAGAAAGCAGAUGUUUCGACGUGGAGUAUACUCAUAUAGUACCCGGUCCUUGUCACGGAGUGACUUGUCGUCAUGGCGGCGUGUGUGGGGCUAAUGGUCAGUGUGUCUGUCCCUUAGAUCGUAGCGGUCCCAACUGCGAAAAUUCUGGAAAUCAAGGUCCUGUACACACAGCUGCCACACCAAUAUUUACAGAUAUGGCUUUACCGACUAACGUAAAAUGUGAAAUAAAUAAAGAGUGUGCGAUUCCGUUAAUGGUUAAUGGAGCCGUAAAUACAAUGUAA